GUGCGCCGUGAGUGGAAUAUCACACCUGGAUAUAGGAUCUCAACUAUUUCUUCUGGAAGGUGUUAUUACCGAAGUUUUCGAGCGAUUUGGUUUUGGUUCAUUGGUCGACAUGAUCUUCUCCCUAUGCAAGACUGUCGGUGGUGGCAUGAAGAUGAUUUCGAAGAUUGGCCACAGCAUCUUCGGCGGCAUGUUUGGAGAAAUCGUAGACACCGCCACCUCUAUGAUGCCACUUGGGGACUGCACCGGCCUGCACGUAGCCGGGGAGAUCAUGUGCGGUCAGCCAGUAGUCUUCCAAUUUCCCAGCACGCUUAACAUUGGAAAGUGCCUGAACACUACGAUGUCGGCAUGCGUUGGAACUCAUGCGAAUCAGGCUCUCGUGAUACAGCAAUUCUUCGAAGCAGUCACUUGCGUUUUCACAAGCAUUAUUGUGGCUCCAGGGAACUCUAUGACAAGUCUCUUCUGCACCGUGGCCAAAGUCGUUAUUAACAUCCUCAGCAGUGGACCACUGAAAAUCGUGGGCUCUGUGAUGAGAGAGCUGGAGAACGCCAUCGGAAUGCAAUGUUAAAGGGAUCCAACCUUGUGGAUGGCUCAUCAAGCGGAA